AAACAACAAAAAAUGGAAUUAGCCAAACUGCCAAUUACCCCUUUAAUCUCUUUCCAAAAGAUAUGGAGCAGAAGAAGAAGAAGAAGCAGCAGCUUCUAACUCAAAACAUCAUCAGUAUAGGGGAGUUUAUAGUAAAUACGAGAAAAAGUUGGGGACUUUGCGUGAGAAUAUAAUAAAGUGGAGAUGCGGGAUGAAAUGGAGCACUUAUUAUAGCAUAGCAGGGAGAGAGAGAGAUAUAAUGAAUGAAAAGAGAAAUGGCUGAUGUUGACAUAACAUACUGAGUCUGAGCAUAGCGAAUUGCACGGGUCAAGCAAGAAUUCCCCAAAUGGUCCUUUCUUUCUCUUUCUAGACUAUACUUUUUGGGCUUUCCCAAUAUAGAUAGAUACAUGGCGUCAUCUGCGACGUUACUUCAUCAUUUUUCACCUCGCCCUUUUUCUUUCUCUUCAAAUCCUUGUUCUUCUUCCUCUUCUGAUCAACGCCGACCCUUUAGUUCCACAUUUCUCACCUUUUCUGGGAUAAACAACAUCUGGAGAAGCCAAAGCUUUAGAGCCCAUGCAAUGAGUACAACUGAAGGAAGUGUUAUGUCACCGAAAGGGUUGAUGGACACGGAGGAUGAACCUGAUCAUCUCCUAGUCCUUGUUCAUGGCAUCUUAGCAAGCCCAAGCGACUGGACGUAUGUACAAGCAGAGUUGAGGAGGCGGUUGGGAGGAAACUUUUUGAUAUAUGCAAGUUCAUGUAAUACGUUCACUAAAACCUUCUCUGGGAUUGAUGGAGCUGGAAAACGACUAGCAGAUGAAGUUAGGCUGGUUGUAAAGAAGAGAGAAAGCCUGAAGAAGAUAUCCUUUUUAGCUCAUUCUCUUGGUGGAUUGAUUGCAAGAUAUGCACUUGCCCUACUUUAUUCAUCAAACAACUGUAAUGAGAAGUCCGAUGAUGCAGUCACUUCAACUAGUGCAUACCUCAAACCAGUAGGCUCCUUAAAUGUAGGUUUGAUUGCUGGCCUGGAGCCAAUCAAUUUUAUCACCUUGGCAACGCCACAUCUUGGUGUGAGAGGGAAAAAUCAGCUUCCUUUUCUCCUGGGGUUGCCGAUCUUGGAGAAACUUGCAGCACCUAUAGCUCCUAUUUUUAUUGGUCAAACUGGUAGUCAGCUCUUCCUUACAGAUGGCAAACCUACUAAACCACCUCUUCUGCUAAGGAUGGCAUCAGACUGUGACGAUGGAAAAUUUAUAUCAGCGCUUGGUGCUUUUAAAUGGCGUGUUCUUUAUGCUAAUGUCUCUUAUGAUCACAUGGUCGGUUGGCGUACAUCAUCCAUAAGAAGGGAGACAGAACUCGUCAAGCCUCCCUGGCGAUCUUUGGAUGGCUACAAACAUGUAGUAGAUGUGGAAUUUUGUCCUCCAGCUUCAUAUGAAGGACCUCAUUACCCCCUUGAGGCAGCCAAAGCGAAGGAGGCAGCUCAAAAUGCACCAAGCACACAGAGGUCAUUAGAAUACCAUGAAAGGAUGGAAGAGGAAAUGAUACGUGGCUUGCAACAGUUGGGGUGGAAGAAAAUUGAUGUCAGCUUUCACUCGGCGUUCUGGCCCUUUUUCGCUCAUAACAAUAUCCAUGUGAAGAAUGAAUUUUUUCACAAUGCUGGAGCAGGAGUAAUUGCUCAUGUCGCAGACCACAUAAAGCAACAAGAGAAGCAACCCGGAUCGUCGUCCUCCUUGAUUACCCCUAGCUUGUAACUCAUAUAGUUGUACAGGAAGCAAUUCAGCGAAUAUAAUAAUGAAAUGACAUUAAAGUGCUAAAGGCUUGAUUCUUUUUCCAUUUACUUUGUUCGGAUACUAUUAUUGAUUACAAAUGUAUAUUUGUCCCAAAUUGCUGGUUUACUUGGUUAUAGUGCUGAUUUCAACAGUUGCGAAUCUAGGUUUUUCGCUAAGGAUAUUCAAGAUACAUGUAUUAUGUAUAUCAAUACAAUUCAAUAGGAAGACUGUUGAAGUUGAUGUUAC